UAAUGCUGUCAACUUCAGGCUCCUCCGGAAUCAGCCGUUUGUUUACACAUUUCUUCGGCUUUAGGGAGCAUCGUUGAAUCAGUCGUGAGGAGAAACUAAAGCAGCAGAGUUGGAAAGUCUGACUAUUUACCUCAAAAAUGCCCUUGUUUGGCAACAUAUUCAGUCCCAAAAAAACACCACCUCGGAAGUCUGCAUCUCUCUCCAAUCUACAUACAUUGGAUCGGUCAACACGGGAGAUUGAAUUAGGUCUGGAAUAUGGCUCUCCGAUGAUGAAUAUUGGUGGCCAGAGCUUGAAAUUUGAAGAUGGCCAGUGGAUUUCAGAGUCAGGAGGUAAUGUAUCGGGAAGAGAGGUACAGCGACUGAAGAAAAGGAAUCUACAAUUAGAAGAGGAGAAUAAUCUCCUCAGGCUAAAGAUUGAGGUUCUUCUUGAUAUGAGUCAACAGCAGAAACACAUCUAAUACAGAAGGAACUUGAAGAUGUGAAGAGUAAUUCUCGGAGAAAAAAGUGAUGAAAGGAAAUAAAGGGAUUCCGUCUUUUUACAAUGAAAUUGGUGGAGCUAUUGCAAGACUAUAUUUAAAUAUCACUUACAUAUUACACAAUUUAAUUUUUUUUUUUAUAUCACUUUGUAUAUUUUCUUUUUAAUUUUUUUACUGUUUUAUUGCCAAUUAUGUGGAAAAAUAGGUUGUUUUUUUGUUUAGUUCUAAUUAAUAAUUUCAGGUAGUGUCCUGUUUAUUUUGCCUUAUAAAUAACUGUGUUGCAUUGGAAAUGCAUUCAAAACUUUAUAAAUAACAU